GCCACCCGGAGGUGUGUCCCGCCCUAGGCGCGGCUCCCGCAGGUACUAAUCGCCGCGCUGCCCCGGCUCCCUCCUGCACUGCAGCCCGCUUCCCGGAGCCCGCGGCCGGGAUGUACGGGGGGCAGCAGCAGCUGCAGCCCCUCACGCUGCCCCCGCACCUCCAGCAACAGCAGCAGCAGCACCACUACUACCGGCGCCAGCAGCACUACAGCACGCUCCCCGCCCCCCGGCGGCCCCUCUCCUGCCCGGAGCCGCCGCCCCGGCCCCUGCCCUGCCGGGACCCGCCGCCCUGCCCGGAGCCACCGCCGCCGCCGCGGCCCCCGCCGUCCCGGGACCCGCCGCCCUGCCCCGAGCCUCCGCGGCCCCUGCCGUGCUUCGAUCCCGCGCCCCACCAGCAGCAGGACGGCAGCGUGGCGUACGACCGGGUGCGGACCUACGGCCCCGGCUGCCGGAGGGUGAGCACGUCCUGCUCCUCCCGGGCGGCCUCGCCGCUGGAGUGCUCGCACGGCUACCAGCAGGUCAUCGCCGGCUGCGACCCGCCGCAACAGGGCACUUUUCGACGGAUUAUUAUUGAGAAUCCUGAUCAGGAGCCAUUAUCCCCGUUUCUUAGAGGGGCAAAUUUCUCUCCUGGAAAUAAUGUCAUCUAUGAAAAGACAAUAAGAAAAUAUGAGCUAUUAAAUCCUCUCCAAGAGAAGCAGUAUCAGUUCUCCCGCCAGUGCCAGAGUCCCCAGCAAGUGGAGCAGUGCCAGGCUGCCCAGCCCUGCCAGUACUCUGAGCAGUCCCAGGUCACUCACCAGUGCCAGCAGACACAGACCAGCAGCCCUUGUGAAGUAAUUCCAGUCUCCGUCAGCGAUGACUGCAGAGGAAAUACAGUGAGGAGGGUGACAGUGCAAACCUGUGAGCCGGUGAACUGUGCUCAGGAAAAUAAUGACCAGCUGGACUGCCGCUACUUCGGUGAGCUCCUGGCUGAGCUGCACCGCAAGACCAACGACUUGCACAGUUGUUUACUGCAGCAUGUGGAAAAGAUAGGAGGAAGGAACCAUGACAUUGAAUUUACGUGUCAGACUGAAGAUAUUGAAGAAUUAAUUCCCAAAGGACUCUCUGAGGCAACAAAGCAGCAGAUUCGUUAUCUCCUCCAGAUGAGAGUCACAUCAGAUAAAUCUUUGAGACUUGUGCUUUCCACUUUCAAGAAUCUACGUGAAGAGCUUUGCCACCUGCAGGAUGACUUGGGGAAGUUAGAAACUGACAAUGUGUUACUUAAGAAGGAUUUGGCUUUUAAAGAUUGUCAAGUAAAAGAGUAUGAAACUAUGCUGGCUUCUCUGAGAGAGAAUAAUCGUCAGCAGCAGCAAGGACUCAGAGAGAGUACUGCAAAGUGUCGCUCUCUGGAGGAACAGCUCCUCUGCCUUCGGCUCAGUGAGGGAGAAAAGGAUUGUCAGCUAAAGGAGCUGGAGUUCUGCAAGCGUGCCUUGGAGCAGGAGAUUCAGAGCCUCAGGCUGCAGGCCUGCUCUAAUCCAACCUUGCAGACCACCACGGAUGAACUCUCCAGCCGUUACGUAGAGAUGAUCAAUAACUUGAGGGAGGAUAAAGAUCGCGAGAUCCGCAGCCUUAGGUCUCAGUUAUGCCAAUUCCAGCAAGACAUAUCAAGGAGAGAAGGAAGCAACAGUGACUUGCAAAUACGGUUGCAUGAACUGACAUCAAUGUUGGAGGAGAAAGAUGCUUUUAUUAAACAACAGCAAGAGGACCUCUUCAGACUGAAGCAUGAGAAGUUAUCUGGCAGUCAGUCCCCUGCUGUAACUGCUGUCAUCACCAAGAAGUACAGGAAUCAGUACCCUAUUCUGGGACUCCUGUCUGAUGACUACAAGGUUACAUCACCUGUCAAUAAAUCACAAACUAUUGUCAUUGAAAGGACAGGAGAGAUAUGGAAACACGUAAGUUUACCUGGGGAUUGACUGUUUGGUCUCUGAAAUUCUUAAGUAUUCAAUUUAACUUCAAAGAAAGUAUCAGCCAAAACUGACAUCCAGGUCAACUGAACUUGGCUGAUUAAAGACCAGGAACUGUCCUGUCUAUUGCAAGGAGGCAGUAAUUGGUGGGUGGGGUAUAAAUAAAACAACCUUUUGUUGUUUUCUUGUACACAUAAUUACCUGUAACAAAAGCAGCAGCCCUGUCCCACACCAGGCUCUGCCCUCGCACGAGGCAGCCUUUGGGCAUCGCUGUACCAGGAAGUUAGUUAGGUAGGAGCUUCUUCUGUGUUGGGCUCCCAGGGGAAGGAGUGUUUUGGUGGGCAGUACUCCUCUGAAUCAUGAGUACUAGUGACUCCACACUAUUAUUAAAAUAUGUUAAGCACCAUAUCCGUGAAACCUGCAUUGAGACAGGGCCAUGACUAACCCAGGAACUGUGGAAGAGUGAACUGCUCCUUGAAA